GCCUGACAGGGUUGCAUUAGGCUGCAAAGUGCAAUAAGAGGAAGUCAGCUGAAAAAGUUCAAUAAUUCGAGUAUUUCCGUUUAGUUAUAACAAAGUAUUGCUGCAAGAGAUAUUAAAAUCUUGAUUUUGGCAAUUCUGAUUAACUAUUCAUAAAAUUGUGUUUUCCAUAACAUUUACGAAAAAGAAAAUGUCUACGCUAUAUGCAAAGCAGAGUCAAGUGCCGUUACGGCCGGAAAUGCCGUUUACUAACGGUCGCCAUACUUCAACAAGUUCAAUAGCUACUACAGCUAAAUUUGGGUAUUGGAAAAAAUCUGAAGAAUUGUUUGUCCAAAAUGCUUGCCGAAUUCCAGGAAUUAGGAAUAACAAGUAGAAAAGGCUCUUUACCGAAUAUUCAUGAAUUGGUGUCAAUGAAUGUUGUGAAAACUUGUGAGAAGUUGCGUUUAGCCAUUACACAGACGCGUAAUGAUCUACAACACACGCUGGAUGUUACACGUAGACGCCAAACGGAAGACCUCUCCUUUCGCUCCAUAUCGGGUCUCUGCUACACCACUUUACGCGUACAUGAAUUGCAAGUGAACGAUUUGUUGAACAAAUCGGAAGCAUUAGUGGCUCAAAGUCAUGGUUGGUCCACAUUACAAGCGAGAAAGCGGAGCCAACCGUCGAGUUGCUCUACUUCAUAUCGUUCGAAAAGGAAAAGGCAGCAGACAGUGAAACAUUCCUUGACGGAUGUAUCCCUUAGAAAUUACAAACAGUUAUUGGAUGAAACAGAAAGUUUUGUAGAAUGGAGCAAAGCAGAAGAGGUGAUGGAAAAAGAUAGUUACAACAGGACAAGUUGCAUUCAUAUUCGAGAUAUUACCAUUGAUGAAGUUGAUAUUCCAAGUGGCCGUUCAGAUGAAGAUGAAGGAUUUGGGAAUGCCACAGCAGACGAAUUAACUACAAUUUUACAGUUGCUUUCAGACAAGCCCAUUGAACCCGUCAUGAAGUCACUAAAAAGACAGCCGAUGGAUAUCUCGGGCGUUUGCGAGAAAAAGUGCAGGCCUUCCCAUGGAACGGAAGACGAUAUGACUCGAGGCGGCCACGAACAUCCUGAAAAUGAAAUUGCAGUCGAAAAGGGCGUGGACAAUCAUUUCAUUAAUGAAAUAGAAGUCAGUCCCAAUAAUAAUAAUAUUAGUAGUGAGGCGCACACAGUUGUGACAAGCUCCUUGGAAAAUAAUAAUAUUGACAGCAGUAGUAAAAACAGCGACGUUGCUCAUAGCAAUAACGAUAUGGCCAUUCAAGACAACAUUUCUGAUAGGAUGAAAUCAACUGAAAAAAUCUUACCCAAAGCAACAAAUACUUCUUACAUUUGCAAUCAGGGCAGCGCCGCAACCAACAAUGCAAAAUUUAAAAUGAAAAAAGUAAUUAUCGAUGAAUGCACUGAACUAAGUCAAAAGGAAAUGCACACGCAAUUGCGAGCUCAAAUUAAUAUUAAGGCAAAAUUAAUAAAAACGAGAGCUAUAAUUGAAUGGAGUGCAAAAAGAAAUUUGUCGAGUGGAAAACGUUAUGACAGGUUUAUUCCAUCUGCCAGCAAUCUAUUAUGUAAACUUCAUCGCAGUUCUCGCAGCUGCAUUACAAUGAGGCGAUUCAAAUUGAAGAACAAAGUAUCGCGCUCACGUUUAGAAACUUCAACAGUGCGUUCCACUUAUCGUAACUUAUUACGAGCCAUUUUAAAUUGUGAAAUCACAGAUGACUUAGCUACUCAAAUCUACAGAAAUUGGAAUAAAUGUGGAAAAUAUAAUUUAAAAAAUACUCGUAGUCGUCAAAAGUUGCAAACGCCUGUGCCGGAAAAUAUUCCCUGUCUACAAGAGGAGAAUGAUUGCAAUCAGAUGUCACUAGCGCCAAAUUAUGCAUCAGAGAGUGCGGUCUGCAACAACAACAAUAAUUUAGAACGCACUAUAGAUGUUUGUACCCCGUCUAAUGACCAAGACGAGUGGAGCGCUUUUGAUGUAAUGGUAAAGUUAUUGAAUUUAUGGCGCUCAAAAAAAGUUCCCGGUGACGAAAUACCUGUGGAAUACCUUUUGCAACACGCCACGUUGGCUCGAAAGAAAGCUGCCAAGGCAUUCGGUUCGCUAUUAAAGCUUGCUGCAAGUCGAUUUAUUGUAUUACUACCAAAACAGAAUUCUCUGCAAUUGCAAAGUAUCCAAUUGGGAGCCGCUUCGGCAAAACUAAUCCACAAAAACGAAGUAAAUGGAAUGUCAUUGCGAAGAAGCAACAAUGGAUACCGCAUACAUGCGAGCUAAAAAUUAAUGCGAUUCGCAUUUGCUGUUGAUAUAUUUUUGUUGAUAUUUUCAAAUUAUAUAACUUUUUAAAUUUGUUAAAAAGUA